AUGAGCGGUGGCGGGUUGACGCUGAUCCAAGGGCAGAGGACAAAAACAAAACAAAUCAGAGAGAGAAUCCGAAAAAGCCCCGAGCGGAGUCUGCGCUACAAGCAGCCAGCAGGCCCGAGAGGAGAAAAAGAUGAGGUCGCGGAGGAGCGCACAAAGCGGGCGACUGACAGCGCCACACGGAUCGACUGGCAAAAGUCCGGCCCCAUCAAUCUUGGGUUUGCUGCGAAGAAACGGUCAGCGAUCCUCCGAUGGUCGUACGGAGCAGUCCGGUACAAUCUGGAAAGCGAAUCCCAAAAUCGGAAGUCGGCAUCGAUGACUUCCGUCCGGUACGAUGGGGCCCCGAUGGAUCGUCUCCGGAGAUAUGAUCGAUAUAUCAACGUCUAUUGUCCUCACGUCGUUGAUCUGAACUACUUCCCGACUACACUCGGGGCUAUAGGAUUGCUGUACCUGUUCGGCAUGUACGCAUAUCCAUGGUUCUGACCGUCACUGUCCUGGUUCCUCGAUUGCCUUGGGUUCCAAAUCAUAGCCCAGAGUGCCGUAAGCCACAAAAUAACCUUGUUGCCGCUCCCUUAAAUGUUUAUGAAUCGGAACGAUUGAACCGAUAUGCUCCUCCACGAAAAAGUCAACCACAAGAAUGAGGCAAUCAUCUUCAGGCUAGACGGCGUUGCGCUUGUACCAAACGUUGUAAUCCCGAGGCAAUGCCUCCAUGGCGAUCUGGGGUUUAUAGUGUCUUGUUUGACUGAAAAUUGUACUUCUGUACGAUGCUCCAUGUCCGAGAGACCGAGCCUCCUGCUUUUUUCAGG